CAGUUGAAGCUACAGAGCCCACUCAAGGGGAAGCAUCACCACUGGCCGAAGACACACACACCAUCACAAAUAAGAUCCACAAAGCUAUGCACAGCUGUAUCACUGAAGAUUAACAUCUGCAACUGCAAGAGCAGAGAAGAAUACAGAAGACUAAAUUGGACAAAGACCAACCACAAGCAGCUAUGCGGCCCCGGUCCAGACUGCUGUUCAAGAGAGGACUCCUCCUGCCCACCAUUAGAGAGGGCACCGAGGAAACGCUGAGGGAUAUGAACCAGGCCAACGCACUCCACACUGCUGCCCACGGCCAGUCCGUCUCCUCGGAGGACUAUUUCCUCUCCAUCUGCCACCUGGCGCACCCCACUUUUCCCAGCCGGGACACUUCUCCCGACAGCACCGGAACCCGCCAGCAGGACUCCCUGCACCAGAGGCUGCGGCUGCCCCGGCUCGGCGGGAGCGAAGCAGCAACUGACACGGACCACCGAGAGGAGACACGUCGUGCCGUUGGUGCGCAGCAAGAAGAGAGGAAGGAAGUCACCGGUGAGCCGGUGAUGGGCUGCCAUGGCAACUCCGACCCUCUUGAGUAUCUCUACGGACACCAGGACUACCCUGCAGGCCUCGCCACCUGCCAGUCAGGAAACGCGAUGAGGGGUCUUGCAGAGGGCAGGUUCAUGAGGCGCUAUGGGGGUGUAUGGGAGGCGCAGGGCCGCUCCAGGGCGCACAGCGUCCCACGCGCCUCCAGCCCGGAUCUUCCGCGCCAGCGCAAGAGCAGCUGCCCCGAGCUGCAUGGCACCACAGCUCCUAAUAUCUCCCCAAAACGCGCCGUGCCCAAGCCUCAAGCCAUGAGAGGAAGUCGCGAAGACAGAGACACAGAGGUGGAGAGACUGUAUCCCGCGGUCAAACACUCCCUGAUCUCCCAGUGGAUCUCAGAGUGCAGGUCGGCUUGGAGGGAGGCCCGUGUCCGAGCCUGCAUGCUGCCCGCCAUAGCUGAGAUAUAACACAGUGACUGCACAAACUGGCGCUGACAGUAGAAGACACUGCUUAACAAAAUGAUGUACUCAUUUCCAGUCAGUGCAUGCUUCAUCAUGCACUGACUGGAAAAGAGUAACAACAGCAAUUUAAGUCUGAAUAACACAGGCCUAUAUGUGUAACAGAUAUGUCGUACAGGUUCACACACUUUUGAUAAAUAAAGGCAAGUAAAUGUUCAAGGUCAUUAUUGCCCAAUCAUAUUGUUAUAUUAUUGUACUGUUAUGACCUAGUUAUGCUUGAUGUAUGCUGGUGAUCAUACAAAAUCCGAAUAAUGGUCAAAUCUAUUAAAAUUAUUUUAUA